ACUCUACGGGGGUGGGUAAUUCAGUGGUCCACAAGCGGUCUCCCUUACGCCGAAACCAAAAACCACCAGUAUCCUUGACCAAACUGUCUUCAAGGGAUGGACAGAAAGCCAAAAAGCCAGUGUGCAAAUUUGAAGAAGGACAAGAUGUCCUAGCUAGGUGGUCAGAUGGCUUGUUUUAUCUUGGAACUAUCAAAAAGAUAAACAAACUGAAGCAGAGCUGCUUCAUCAUAUUUGAAGACAGUUCCAAAUCCUGGGUUCUCUGGAAGGACAUACAGACAGGAGCUACUGAAAGUGGGGAAAUGGUCUGUACAAUAUGUCAGGAAGAAUAUUCAGAAGCACCCAAUGAAAUGGUUAUAUGUGAUAAAUGUGGUCAAGGUUAUCAUCAGUUAUGUCACACACCAAAUAUUGAUUCUAGCGUGAUAGAUUCAGAUGAUAAAUGGCUCUGUCGGCAGUGUGUCUUUGCAACAACCACAAAGAGAGGUGGCGCACUUAAGAAAGGACCAAAUGCUAAGGCACUGCAAGUCAUGAAGCAAACAUUGCCUUACAAUGUAGCUGAUCUUGAAUGGGAUGCAGGCCAUAAAACAAAUGCUCAACAGUGUUAUUGCUACUGUGGCGGUCCUGGAGACUGGUAUUUAAAGAUGCUUCAGUGCUGCAAAUGUAAACAGUGGUUUCAUGAGGCUUGUGUGCAGUGCCUGCAAAAGCCCAUGCUUUAUGGUGACAGGUUUUAUACAUUCGUUUGUUCAGUUUGUAGUUCUGGACCAGAAUACCUCAAACGUUUACCCUUGCAGUGGGUAGAUAUAGCACAUCUAUGCCUUUACAACCUAAGUGUUAUUCACAAAAAGAAAUAUUUUGAUUCAGAGCUUGAACUCAUGACCUAUAUUAAUGAAAACUGGGACCGACUCCACCCUGGUGAAUUGGCAGACACUCCAAAAUCUGAAAGAUAUGAGCAUGUUCUGGAGGCAUUAAAUGAUUACAAGACUAUGUUUAUGUCUGGAAAGGAAAUAAAGAAGAAAAAGCAUUUGUUUGGCUUGAGAAUUCGUGUUCCUCCUUGCCCACCAAAUGCUAUUUUUAAGGCUGAGAAAGAACCAGAGGGAACAUCACAUGAGUUCAAAAUUAAAGGGAGAAAAUCAUCUAAACCUGUGCCUGAUCAGAGGGAAGUUACUAAUGGUGUAGAAAAAAAGGGGAAGAAAAAAUCUAUAGGUCGCCCACCUGGCCCAUAUACAAGAAAAAUGAUUCAGAAAAUGUCUGAAUUGACUCCUUUGGAACCUGUUCUAAUGCAAGAAUCCCCUCCCUUGGACUUACCUAGCACUGCUGGAAGAUCUGAUGGAACUGCACAUUCAUCCAAUACCUCAGAUGUGGAAUCCACAGGUGCUGCCAGUACAAAAGAAACUACCUCAAACAGUAUUUCGAAGCAUUACAGUUUGUCUGAUUCCAGGAAAAGGACCCGUACAGGGAGAACUUGGCCAGCUGCAAUUCCACACUUGAGGAGAAGAGGACGCCUUCCACGAAAAGCACUCCAGAUUCAGAAUUCAGAAAUUAUGAAAGAAGAUGAAGGCAAAGAUGAUUACCAGUAUGAUGAACUCAAUACAGAAAUUCUAAAUAAUUUGGCAGAUCAGGAGUUACAACUUAAUCAUCUCAAGAACUCUAUUACCAGUUACUUUGGUGCAGCAGGUAGGAUAGCUUGUGGUGAAAAGUACCGUGUUCUGGCACGUCGUGUAACACUUGAUGGAAAGGUGCAGUACCUUGUGGAGUGGGAAGGAGCAACUGCCUCCUGACUCAUGUAUUGCCCAUAACUAUUUAUAGGCACAGUUUUUAAAUCAGGAGUGCAAAAGUAAAUUUGUUUUGAUAUUGUAAAAAAAAAAAAGGAAACCAACUUAGCCUUAAUACUUAUUUCUUUACAAUAGAAAGCAUUGUGAUAAUUGAGUUAAUCUUUUUAAAAUGAGGCUGGAUUCCUACAGUUUUUAAAUACAAGAAUCUAGAUUGUUAUAAGUUUGGAAAGCUGAGAUUGCAGUUUCUUUAAAAUAUGCACAACUAAAAAAUAAACUUGUCUAGUUAGCAUUCCAUCAAAACAUUUUCCUUUGUUAGAGAAUUUUUUCUGCAGCUAGGACAAAUUUUUACUAAGAAUCUUAAUCUUUUCUUACCCAGAUGUUUGCAUAAAUGUAUUUCUACUUUGACGAUCCUAGAUUUUCAUAAGGUGCAUUGUAUAUAAUUCCUACUGAGGAUUGUAAAAUAUUGAAAUGUUCUUUCAAGCAAAAUGUAAAAUAUAUAUAUUGAGCUUGUAAAUUGCUCUCUGACUAGA